AUGGCAUCGACAACAACAAUACCCAAUGCUGUUCAAUAUUUAAUUCAAUCACAACCGUCAACAAACAGUAACAAUUUUAUCUAUAAUAAUUCAUCACCGUCAACAAAUAAUUCACAUCAUCAUAUGCCAAAUAUUAAUAAUCUUCAACAACAUCAUGUAAAAUUAGUUAAUCAUUUAAAUACAAAAUUUGCAUCAUCAUCACCAUCAUCAUUCACAACUUCAACUUCUUCUGCAAUGUCGUCAUCAUUACAUUCCACAACUAAUUUGAUGAAACCUCCUCCAUUAUCGAAUAAUCACAGUAACAAUAAUGACUUUAGCACAUUGCUAACAGCACAAAAUAAUAAUAAUGGAAUAACAACAACAUCGUUGACAGCCCAUGAUAAUGGACUUAAUGGUGGUGGUGGCAGAAGUUUAUCACAAAGCAUGGAUUCAAUUAAUAACAUAGGAAUUGAUGACGAGAUAGAUAAACGGUUUAAAAAUAUAUUUGAAGAAUUAGCUCCUAUUGAAUGA